CAUAGUUGCCCAUUCUGCAUAUUUAUUCUGAUCCAUUCAUUCAACUUCCAUAAUGGUAAACAACUCACGACUUCCAAGCGAAAUACUUCGAUACAUUUUCCAAGAUUUAUCUUACAUUGACUGGUACAGUUGCUCCUGUACUUGCUGGACGUGGAACGGCAUUGCAAACAUGUUCUUGUACAAAAACGUGUGCUGGCUUUCCGAUGAAAGUUACCAAAAACUCAUGCUAGCCCUCACGACAUCCAAUUCCACAAGUAUUAGCAGCUACACGAGAGCGAGCGCAAGACAGAAGCAGCUUGGAAGCCUUAUAAACCUAAUGGAGCUACGGAUUCGAAUAUUUUCAUUUCUUUCCAGUGACCUUUGGUACUUGCCGCCGUUGUCUACACUUGCUUCAAUGACGCCAAACGUACAUACAGUCUAUGUACGUGAUUCUCGCGAAUUCAUAGAGGUACCUUCUGCGUUUGACUACGCAUCAAAGUGGCCAAAGUUGAACACUCUUGUAUUGAGCUCACUUGCAUAUUACUUAUCAAGUAACACUAUCAACUUCAUCGAUGUCCUGAAUAGACUACAGCAUCUAGAUAUCGUUUAUGCCUAUUCCUUUCCAGAGUACAUACUCCCAUUAUCGCCAAUCAGGUUGAAACUACAAUCACUCAAAAUCUGUAUAUUCAACCAGCUCCAGUACGAAGGAGCCAAGAUGAUCAUAGAAUGCUGCCGAGACUCUCUGAAUACACUGGUGAUAUCAUGGGAAGUAACGGAUGAAAGCCACCCACCGUUGAGCUUAGAUAAUCUCAUACUGGGACUCCCAAACCUCAAGGUACUUGGCUUGACCUAUACGUUCCAUUCAAAGUUUACCAUCAGUAGCUUUGGAGAGCAACUAGAAGAGCUCGAGAUCCAUGUAAAUAAGGCUCGUCGUGAGCAACUAGAAGAGCUGAUAGGAGGGGUCCUGAAGAAAACUACCAAUCUCAAGACGUUAAGCCUUGGAACUAAAGUUUCUCCGUUCGUUGAAGAUAUUCCUAUGGUCAUACAAAGCAACUUGGCGACAUUACAAAAUCUUUAUCUUAGUUGUAGUUCUGGAAAUAAUUUGUUAACGAGCUUAAUCAUGAUGGACGUUCGAUCGGAGAACCUCUCAACUCUUUCCUUUGAAUGUAUGAACUUUAGCGAUUACAUGAUUCGUAGUCUGGCCGGCAUAUUUCCCAAGCUGGAAUACAUGGACUUGACACGAGGGAGACUUUCUCUGGGACAGCCAUGGAUCAUGAAGGAGUCACUUUCUUUGUUCCGGUAUUUAAAGGGCAUUAACGCAAAAACGAUGUUCAGCGAACUGGUUGAUCCAAGCAGGUAUAAUUUUGCGAAAUACGACUUAGAAAGACUCUCAAUUCUACCAGCAACCUACAUUUGAUAUCGCAAAUGUGUAGAAAGCACUUUAUGACAAUGUUUCAU